CGUAAAUGCGGACGGGCAUGGCGUUGUUUAUCGUGCUUGUUGAAGCGCGGGGGACGAUCCCUCAGCCUCUGCAGUUAGGCCGCGCCACUCUGUCCCGGUUGUCGGACCGCUUUCUUUUUUCUUGCGAUUCGGAGGGUCCAUUUUUUGACAAAAUUCGCAGGAUUGUGAGUGGCGAUCCCCCUUGUCAUGCAAGAGGGAGGUCCAGGGCCCCGGGUCCCCAGGGGGUACGACUGCGCCGGUGGGACAUUGGGAGGCCAUUGAGUGGGCGUUCCCCCGAGAACGGGCCGGGCCCCGCGCCGUCGCCGCGGGAGAACGGUGCGGGCGGUCCGGCCCGAUCCCAGCUGGAGGGCUUCCCCGCGCCGCCAUAUAAGCCGAAGUCGACGAUGCCGUACGAUUCCCAUCUAUCUCCUGCCGCCGACGAUCAGCUCAACUCUCGUCCCCCCACUCACUAACAAUGGUUGCGAACGGUCACAAAGUCUCCCGCCCGCUCAAGCCGGGCAUCUACGCCCCCAUCCCCACAUUCUUCAAGGCGGGCUCGGAGGACCUUGACCUUGAAACCACAUCCGCGCACAUCGCGCGCGUUGCGAAGCAGGGGAUCCCCCCCCUCGUCGGCGGCUCCAUGGGGGAGGCGCACCACAUGUCACAUUCCGAGCGCGUCGAGCUCAUCAAGGGCGCACGAAAGGCGCUCGAUGACGCCGGCUUCACCGACCUCCCCGUCAUUGCGGGCACGGGCGCAGGCUCGACCCGCGAGACGGUCCAGGUGACGCAGGAGGCGGCAGAGGCGGGCGCGGACUACGCGAUCGUUAUCGCGAGCGGCUACUUCGCCGGCGCACUCGCGAACAACCGGCCAGCAUUGAAGGCGUUCUUCGGCGAGGUCGCUGAGAAGAGCCCGAUCCCCGUCAUGAUCUACAACUUCCCCGGCGCCGCGGGCGGUAUUGACCUCGAUUCCGACAUUAUCACGGAAAUUGGGCUGGAGAACCCGAACAUCUGCGGCGUCAAGUUGACGUGCGGGAACGUCGGGAAGUACACCCGUGUCGCAGACGCCGUCAUCCAGCCCAACUUCACCCCGCGCAAGAACCCCGACGCACCAUUCCUCGUCCUCGGCGGCUUCGUCGACUUCCUCGUCCCCACUACCUUCGCCAACGGUCACGGUACCAUCACCGGUCUUGCUAACCUCGCUCCGCACACUAUCGCAAAGCUUUGGGACCUUGCAAACGCCGCACUCAAGGACACCUCCAAGCUCCAGGAGGCCCUCCACAUCCAGGGCAUCGCCGCCCGCGCGGACUUCACCAUCGCGAAGACAUCGAUCCCGGGCAUGAAGUUCCUCAUCGAGAAGGAGUACGGCUACGGCGGGCUCGCGCGCAAGCCGCUGUACCCCCUCACCGACGCGGAGAAGAAGGCGAUCUGGGAGCACCCGCACACGCAGGACCUGCUCCGGCUAGAGCGCGAGCUCAGCGGGAAGAAGGCGUGAGACCAGCGAGCGGGGAGAAGGUGUCAAGUCUGCAGCGGUGGUGGCAGCAGGACAGGCCCCGUAUCAGCUGAGGACUUGCGGCUGGGGCGCGCGUUUUCUAGACACACGGCAUGACUAGACGCGUAAGUAUAUAAUGUGUUUAUAUCUAUAGUAGUGAACACCAUGUAUCAUACUGCAUAACGGAAUUCUCGUUGGGCACUCACCGUUGGUCUGAGGGUAUGCGUCA